AUAUGACAAGUAUCAGCUUAAAAAUGCCAGAUUUUUGUGGUACAUGUUUUUGUAGUCAAUAUAAAUCCUUCUGUGUAAAUGAUUAUCUACUAUGUGCUUGUUACUUUACUAAACUCUUGAUCUGUAAAAAUAUUGGUUUAAACAAUAUUUAAUCUAUUUAUUAUUUCCAGCUUAUUCAAGUGAUGCAGCGACUUUACCCAUCUGAUGUUGAGAACGUUAAUUGGACGGGGGAUAAGGGUAGCCAGACUCUAUCCACAUCUACCUAAGACAACACACAACACUUUGUUAACAGCACACAGCAGAGCAAAGCCUAUACUAUUGCAAGCUAGGAUGGCCUCUAGCAGUAGUGACGACCAAGCCAGUGGCAGUAUGGAGGCGGGCAACAACAGACUUGCGCAAGAGAAAUCACCCUACUUACUACAACAUGCCAGCAACCCUGUAGACUGGUAUCCUUGGGGUCAAGAAGCCUUUGAUAAAGCUAGAGUGGAAAACAAACUCAUCUUCCUUUCAGUUGGUUACUCAACAUGUCACUGGUGUCAUGUGAUGGAGAGGGAAUCCUUUGAGAACGUGGACAUUGGAAAGCUGAUGAAUGAACACUACGUCAGCAUCAAGGUGGACAGAGAGGAGAGACCAGAUGUUGAUAGGGUCUAUAUGACAUUUAUUCAAGCUACUGCCGGAGGUGGUGGUUGGCCGAUGAGCGUCUGGUUGACCCCUGACCUCAAGCCCCUGAUGGGGGGUACUUAUUUUCCCCCUCAUGACAGGUUUGGCAGACCAGGGUUUCCUACAAUUCUACAGUCAAUUGCCAGGCAGUGGGGGGGAAACAGAGAAGCCCUUGAACAGCAAAGCACUAAGAUCAUAGAAGCUCUGCAGGCAGCGGUCAAGGUCAAGUCCACCAGUGACCCUUCACCCCUAGGGACAGAGGUCAUGGAGAAGUGCUUCAAGCAACUCACAGAUAGCUUUGAUAACCAGUAUGGCGGGUUUGGAGGAGCUCCUAAAUUUCCUCAACCAGUGAAUUUCAACUUCCUGUUUAGACUGUAUUCAAGUCCCCCUGGUGAGAGUGAGAUAGGUGAGAGAGGCCUUAAGAUGUGCUUACAUACCCUGAAGAUGAUGGCUAAAGGAGGGAUACACGACCAUGUCAGUCAGGGUUUCCAUCGGUACUCCACAGAUCGUUUCUGGCAUGUACCUCACUUUGAGAAGAUGCUGUAUGAUCAGGGACAAUUAGCCGUAGCAUACCUAGAUGCGUAUCAGAUUACCAAAGAUGCUGUUUUUGCAGAUGUGGCUCGAGAUAUAUUAGAGUACGUAGGUCGAGACUUGAGCGACAAAGCAGGUGGUUUCUACAGUGCAGAGGAUGCUGACUCCCUGCCUGCAGCGGAUGAGACGCACAAGAAAGAAGGCGCCUUCUGUGUCUGGACGGACAUGGAGGUCAGGACGCAUCUGAGCGAUACGGUGGAAGGAUCCGACUUGGUCACGUUAGCAGAUGUGUUCUGCAAGCACUAUGACAUCAAAACAGGAGGCAAUGUGGACUUUGAACAGGACCCCCAUGGUGAGUUGAAGGAUCAGAACGUACUCAUAGCUCGAGGUGACGUGGCCUCCACUGCAUCGAUGCUUGGUCUGACCGAAGGGACGGUAGAGGCAGCAUUGGAGACAGCCCGGAGGACACUGCACAAGGUCAGGUUAGAGCGCCCUCGCCCUCACCUCGAUGAUAAGAUGCUCACAGCGUGGAAUGGGUUGAUGAUAUCUGGGUUUUCAAGGGCAGGGCAGGUCCUUCAAGCCCCAGAAUUCACAAAGCGAGCAGAACAAGCGGUAACCUUCAUCAGGCAGCACCUAUACGACCCUUCCACAGGCUGCCUGCUCAGGAGUGCCUAUAGGAACAAAGAGGGAGACAUUGCUCAAAUCCCCAUUCCAAUCCAGGGCUUUGUAGAUGACUACUGCUUCCUGAUCAGAGGCCUGCUGGAUCUUUAUGAAGCUAAUUAUGAUGAGCAGUGGAUUGAAUGGGCAAGUCAGCUCCAAGAGAAGCUGGAUGAGUUGCUAUGGGAUACAGAGAAUGGUGGAUACUUCUCCACCACCGAUAAAGACUCCUCCAUCCUCCUCAGGUUAAAGGAAGACCAAGAUGGUGCAGAGCCCAGUGCCAACUCGGUAGCCUGCAUGAAUCUCCUGAGGCUCUCUCACUACCUGAACAGACCAGACUACCAGGAGAAGGCUUCCAAGCUCUUCUCUGUCUUUGGGGAGAGACUGCAGAAGAUACCCAUAGCAUUGCCAGAGAUGGCCUCAGCACUGCUCUUUCAAGAGAGCACAGCCAAGCAGAUCAUCAUCUGUGGUGACCCGCAAGCAGAGGACACCAGGCAACUCCUGCAGUGUGUCCAUACUCACUACCUACCCAACAAAGUCCUCAUCCUCACCGACGAAGGCCAGACAUCCAGCUUUCUAUCGUCACGCCUAGACAUCCUCAAGACACUCCAGAGGAUAGAUGGGAAGGCUACGGCGUACGUGUGCGAGAACUACCAGUGCCAGCUGCCUGUGAACAGUGUGGAUGACCUCGCAGACUUGCUGAAGAAAUGAACAGCUUGCAUUUAAGUGAUGUCCCACUUUCAUUCGACCCUAGAAAUUUCUCUUCUUCAGGGGCUCAAUUCAAAUUUUGGACAAGAAUUUUGUCCCUAGAAGGAAAUUUUAAGGGCUAUUUGAGGGGCUAUGGGACUUGUGGAAGAAGGACUUUAGGGGGCUAUUCAACUUGCUGAAAGUUUGCGAUAAGUAACUUCUUAUUUCAACUCUUCUUAGUUCUUGCCUGGAAUGGCUCUGUGAUGAAUUGCAACAACAAAAAAAAUCCCUGAAUGAGGAAUAGUUGGGCUCUCUCAGAAGCUAUGAAUGAUGCACAAUGCUUUUGUUCUAUGCAGUACCUGGUGUAAUACUACAUUAUGCAUCCAUCUCAAAUUCGCCUUAAACAGGAUGCCAGUUUUAUUGCUUUCAACUGAUUUCAAGCCCUGACACCACUCUUGUUUCAAGCAUUUUCAGAGUUUUUCAGGUUUACAGUGCACAAAACAUACAUCUGUAUGGCUGCGAAAUAUAUUAGCCCCUUUGCAGGCGAAAUGAUUGAAAUUAACUGGUGUUCAUAGUUGCCACAAAUAAUGUGAACAUAGAUUCUGAUAUAGGAAAAAAAAAACAUCAAUCAAAGUCAUAAUGACUUUGAAGGUUGACAUUUAAUUCAUGACCAUCCUCAGGAACUGAAGUUAAAUGUAUACAUGCACUGCUUAUAUAUAUAUGUAGUUAGGAGGCUUGACAACAUAAAGUAAAUUAAUCAAUUAAGAAUCGAAUUAUCGAAGAUGUCCGUGAUGUAAUGAGUUAAAUUGGUUUAAAAGGUUGACUCAAAUCUUUAAUAUUCAGGUAAAAAGAUUUCUCAUGUAUUUUUUUUUAUAGCUAUUAUACUGUUGCUAAAUUUUUAUGAAAUUACAAUAAUGUGCACAAACAGUUUCACAAUGAAGAUAUGGAAGUCUACACCUCAUCUUUAUUUGCCUUGAUGGGUAGAAAUAAUCUUGAAAUUCAGUUCAUUCUUUAUUUAUUCUUCGUGCAAACAUUAAAAUAUAUACAAAGCAUUUCAAGAUAUAAUACUAUGUACAUCAAAUUAAUUCAUAUAAAUAAAGCAGAUUAAACAGGGCAAUCAUUAAAAGCCUUCCGAGGCUUGACAGGUUGAUGGUCCCAAUAAUUGGCUAUUUAUAACAUUGAUAUUUUGGCAGAAUGCGCUGCAAUCAUACUGGUUUACCUAUCACCAAGUCCACAGUAACAACAGUAAAUUUGUGUGAGGUCAGCUAGGCUUGCUUUAAGUGCAUAUCAGUGCUCUGUCCUUAGAGACCUGGAUGUGAUUUGUGAGCUGUGCAUAGAGAAGAUUGAGUUUGGAACAAAUCUCUUCGCGUCUGAUGUUGUAGUUAGGUAUGCAGAAUCUCAUU